AUGAUCGCCUCUCGAUUGAUCACCCGAGCCGCCCCAAGGGCCAAGGUUGUUACUCAACAGCGACGAGGAUUCUUGGAUUACAUCACCAACUAUCCCGACAAGAUCAAUGAGAUUAAAAAGAUCCAAAUGAAGGGAGGAACCUGCCAGGGUGAGGCCAACCCUACCUGGUUGAAGCAGGAAGGAGACAACAUCACCAACUAUGUCGGAAUGUUCCUCUGCUUUGUUGGAUUUGCUCAAUUGGCUUCUGGACACUACAAAUUGGCCACUGGCUCUGGAAAGAUGCCCGAGUAA